CACCAACUGCCGCAUUUCCAUUUCCAAUUUUUGGAUCAAACGCAUUCUAUCUCGCGUUCUUCAUUUUUUCUCUUUCUUUCUUUAUUUGUUUCACUCUCUGUACGUAACAAAUUUUUCUUUGAUGCAUUCUCUCUGCUGCGUCGUGUGUCAAAUAAAAUUGCUACGUAACAAUGACGACGAUACCUCAAACAAUGGAGGCUCUACGGCAGAGAGCCACGCUCGUCAAGGAAUCGCUCCACAAGAGCCAGAUCAUCACCGACAACAUGGUCUCCAUCCUCGGCUCCUUCGAUCACCGCCUCUCCGCCCUCGAAACCGCCAUGCGUCCCACUCAGAUUAAAACACAUUCAAUUCGAAGCGCACAUGAUAACAUUGACAAGACUCUGAAGGCAGCAGAGGUGUUUUUGGUGCAAUUCGAGCAAACUCGCAAGGCGGAGGCUAAAAUACUCAGAGGGCCUCAAGAGGAUCUGGAAAGCUAUUUAGAAGCAGUUGAUCAAUUGAGAAACAAUUUGAAAUUCUUCAACAGCAAAAAGAGUUUCAAAGGCAGUGAUGGUAUCAUCAACCAUACCAACGGCUUGCUUGCCAAAGCUAUCGCAAAGCUGGAAGACGAGUUCAGACUUCUGUUAACAAAUUACAGCAAACCGGUGGAACCUGACCGCCUAUUUGACUGCAUACCACACCGUCGACGAUCGUCAACUUCUGGAAGGCAAAGUGAUGCAAGCAAACUCGAUCUUGAUAAGCAAAGCGAGUCUGAGAAGCAAACAGAACCGGCUGUUUACACACUUCCAACCCUGAUACCACCCAGAGUUAUUCCUUUGCUACAUGACUUAGCACAACAAAUGGUCGAAGCUGGCCAUCAACAACAGCUCUUUCGACUCUACAGAGACACUCGUGCCCCUGUCUUGGAACAGAGUCUUAGGAAGUUAGGUGUAGAGAGGCUGAGUAAAGAUGAUGUUCAAAAAAUGCAGUGGGAGGUUUUGGAGUCUAAGAUUGGGAACUGGACUCAUUUCAUGAGGAUUGCUGUUAAAUUGUUGCUGACUGUGGAAAAGCAAAUAUGUGAUCAAAUAUUUGAUGGUUUUGAAAAUAUGAGAACUCAAUGCUUUUCUGAAGUCACUGCUAGCAGUUUUGUCAUGCUUCUUAGUUUCGGAGAGGCUGUUGCCAAAAGCAAGAGGUCAUCUGAAAAACUAUUUGUUACUCUAGACAUGUAUGAGACAAUGAGAGAACUUCAACCUGAGCUUGAGACAAUUUUUGAAGGUAAAGCCUGCACGGAAUUGCGCGAAGCUUCUCUGUCCUUGACCAAGAGACUAGGUCAGACAGCCAUGGAAACCUUCUGUGACUUUGAGGAACUUAUUGAAAAUGAUGCUACUAAAACUGCUGUGCUUGAUGGAACUGUCCAUCCACUAACUAGCUAUGUGAUCAAUUAUGUUAAGUUUCUCUUUGAUUAUCAAUCAACAUUGAAGCAAAUUUUUCGCGAGUUUGAUCCCAAUGACCCAGAAGGUCAGUUAGCAAACCUGACAACAAGGAUUAUGCAGGCUCUCCAGAAUAACCUGGAUGGAAAAUCAAAACAAUAUAAAGAUCCAGCUUUAACCCAAUUGUUCCUUAUGAAUAAUAUCCAUUACAUAGUGAGAUCCGUGAGAAGGUCAGAUGCAAAGGAUAUGUUGGGAGAGGACUGGGUGCAAAUACAUAGAAGAGUUGUGCAACAGCAUGCAAAUCAGUAUAAAAGGAUCUCAUGGGCAAAGAUUGCUCAGUGCCUCACUGUGCAAUCAUCAGGCGGGGCUGACAGCACCGCUGGAGUUUCAAGAAAUAUGAUUAAAGAUAGGUUCAAGAGUUUCAACUCUCAAAUUGAGGAGCUUUAUUGGAGGCAAUCUCAAUGGACUGUUCCUGACAGUGAGUUGCGUGAAUCUCUCAAACUGGCUAUAAUCGAAGUACUUUUACCUGCUUAUAGAUCUUUCCUCAAACGUUUUGGGCCCAUGCUUGAGAAUGGGAAAAAUCCUCAGAAGUACAUAAGAUACACACCAGAACAAAUUGAAGAAAUGUUGAAUGGCUUUUUCGAGAGCAAGUCGUGGAAUGAUCAGAAGCGGUGAUUAGAAAAAUAGUUAUAGAAACUUAUUAGUCACUCCACUAACAUGAAUACAAUAUAAU